UGUAUUAUCUCAGCUUUAUAACAAACAUAGUUUACUGGAUGUAGGACAUAAAGCAAAAAGCUGUUACGUUGCUGGUCUCCCUUUGUUCCAAACCUGCACAAGAUGGAGUUCAACAGCACCUUGGUCUUAUUUCUUCUCUUCCUUAUAACAUUCAUGCUGAUGCUGUCUAAGAAGAAGCACCGUGGGAGACUUCCCCCUGGCCCAGUGCCACUUCCAUAUAUUGGGAACAUGCAUCAGGUCAAGAUAAAUGAUCUUAUCAAGUCCCUAGUUGAUCUAAGCAAGAAGUACGGGCCGAUGUAUACUUUUUAUUUGGGUUCACGCCCUACUGUGGUGCUGUGUGGGUACCAGAUACUGAAGGAGGCUCUUAUUGACCAUGCAGAAGAAUUUAGUGGAAGAGGAGAAUUCCCUGCAGUUCAAAUGUAUAGCAAAGGAAAUGGUAUUGUAUAUGGUACAGGAGAGAGAUGGAGGCAGCUUAGGAGGUUUGCUAUAACUACACUAAAGAAUUUUGGAAUGGGGAAGAGAAGCCUGGAAGAGAGAGUGAAGGAAGAGGCACAGUAUUUGAUAGCAGAAUUCAGAAAUAGUGAAGGGGAGCCCUUUGACCCAACAUUUGGCUUUAGCUCAGCUGGUUCUAACAUUAUCUGCUCCUUGGUGUUUGGAGACCGAUUUGACUACCGAAAUCCAGAGUUUUUAAACUUGCUGUACCUGAUUAACAACAGCUGGCAUUUGAUGAGUUCCACCUGGGGCCAGCUGCUCUUUGUAUUCCCAAAGAUCAUGCAGUUAAUUCCAGGCCCACACAAAAAGAUAUACAAGAAUUAUUUGAAACUGGGAGCAUUUGUAGCCAAGAGGCUUAAGAUGAACAAAGAAACACUUGACCCCAACAACCCACGCGAUUUUAUAGAUUGUUUCCUCAUCAAAAUCCAGCAGGAAAAGAAAAACCCUGACUCUCAUUUUAACUAUGAGACAAUGCUGAAGACAACAGUAAAUGUGUUUUUUGCUGGGACAGAAACAGUGGGAUCUACAUUGAGAUAUGGCUUCCUAAUUUUACUGAAGCACCCAGAAGUAGAAGAAAAAGUUCAAGGAGAAAUAGACAAAGUGAUUGGCCGAAAUAGAAGCCCGUGCAUGGAUGACAGAAGCAAGAUGCCUUACACUGAGGCUGUUAUCUAUGAGAUUCUGAGAUUCGCUGACAUUGUGCCCAUGAGCGUCCCACAUACUGUAACUCGGGAUAUUGAGUUUCGGGGCUAUACUCUGCCAAAGGGUCUAAAUAUCAUGCCCUUGAUCUGCACUUCCCAGUAUGAUGUUACAAAAUUUAAUAACCCCGCCUCAUUUGACCCUGCUCACUUCCUAGAUGAGAAUAUGGAUUUCAAGAAGAAUGAGGGUUUCAUGGCAUUCUCAGCAGGAAAGCGAAUCUGUGUGGGUGAGGGACUAGCUCAGAUGGAGCUGUUUAUAUUUUUUACGACCAUCCUACAAAACUUCAAGCUGAAACGACUAAUGGACCCCAAAAAUAUUGAUAUUACUCCUGAAAGCAGUGGCCUAGGAAACAUUCCAAGACCCUACAAACUGUGCCUAAUCCCUCGCUAAAAAGAGUAUCAGGAAAUGUGGCGGUGAUAAAAUAGUUUGGAUAUGAACUAAAUGUUAAAAAAAGUUUCUUUUAUGCACAUUAAAUGUUUUUAUGAACAAAGCCAAUAACCACCAUUAUAUAACUUCUUAUGAAGUAACUGAAAAAUAUUGUUGAGUUAAUCCAUUAUGUUUAUUUUACUUUAUGGGUUAGCUUUGUUACAGGGAAAGUCUAAUUUAUGCCCUAUAGAGGCAAAUGAUACAAGCUGCAAAUUAUAUAUGAAUCAUUAUGUCACCUAUGGUAGAGUUGUUUAAGGUUUAAAUGUUUUGUUUUGGUGGUAUUUGCAGUUUUGUAACCACAACAACCAUAAAGCCAGCAGCAAAUUUCAAAAUAUUUGUAACCACAGCUCAUCACAUAUAAAUAGGCUGAUGUCUUAUCAAUCAAUCAAUUCUUUAUGGACAAAGUACACAGCAGUGAUCAGCACAUAGACUUGUUCUCACCCAACAGAGAUGUUCAAUUAAAAAAGUAAAUAUAGUUUAGCAUAUUUAAUAACAUAAUUAACACAUAUUUAUAUUGUUAUCAAAUUGCCAGUCUAUUAAUAUAUUUGUGCCUAUACCUACACCUACUUUAGGUGUAUACACACUGUGUUAUUGUCGGCUAUAUUUAACUACUCUUUUACUAAUCAAAUGUCCAGUCACCUGGGUCAAAGUGAUCGUAUCUCUAAAUUGAUUCUUAUUUUUUCCCACAAUUGUUUUUUUCUGUGCAAAAAAAAAAAAAAAAUGAAUGGGAGCCAUCCAAGGCAAUAUUUUUGCAGUCCUUUUACGUUGAAGUAUUCAAGUUUUUAAAGUGAUGUAAAAUUCAUGAUUCAAAGUUUUUGUGGGGUUUUGGUGUCUGCAUUGUUUGCGCUUCAUUAAUAAAAAAGGAAAAAUGUGUUA